UCGCGCCGCGGCCGCGUGACGGACUUCCUGUUUGUUGUUGGAGAAAAGGAGAGAAAGGAAAGCGCGAGGAACCACCGCCACCGCCAGAGCCGUGCCGGAGCCGCGAGGAGACCGGCCACCUCCCUUCUCUCUCCGGUCGCCGCGUCCUCGGAUUUAUUCCAACAGUCUGUUAAAACAUGGUGGAUUACUAUGAAGUUCUGGGCGUGCAGAGACAUGCCUCACCUGAGGAUAUCAAAAAAGCGUACCGGAAGCAGGCACUCAAGUGGCACCCAGAUAAAAAUCCUGAGAAUAAAGAAGAAGCGGAGCGAAAGUUCAAACAAGUAGCCGAGGCCUACGAGGUGUUAUCGGAUGCCAAGAAGCGGGACAUCUAUGACAAAUAUGGCAAAGAAGGAUUAGAUGGAGGAGGAGGAGGUGGAAGUCACUUUGACAGUCCCUUUGAGUUUGGCUUCACAUUCCGAAACCCAGAUGAUGUCUUCAGGGAAUUUUUUGGUGGCAGGGACCCAUUUUCAUUCGACUUCUUUGACCCAUUUGAUGAUUUUUUUGGUAACCGAAGGGGUCCCCGAGGAAGCAGAAACCGAGGCACAGGCUCGUUUUUCUCCGCCUUCAGUGGAUUUCCAUCAUUUGGAGGUGGAUUUUCUUCAUUCGACACAGGAUUCACUCCUUUCGGAUCACUGGGUCACGGGGGUCUCACUUCCUUCUCGUCAACGUCCUUUGGCGGCAGUGGGAUGGGCAAUUUCAAGUCAAUAUCAACUUCUACUAAAAUAGUUAAUGGCAGAAAAAUCACUACAAAAAGAAUUGUAGAGAAUGGUCAAGAGAGAGUAGAAGUUGAGGAAGACGGCCAGUUAAAGUCCUUGACGAUAAAUGGUAAGGAGCAGCUCCUACGCUUGGAUAACAAGUAAUUCAACGCACGCAUUUAACAGAAUGUUAAUAACAAGCACCAUUUGAGGAUUAACAGGAACAUUUUUUUGAAGAUUUCAAAUGAACUCGACUUUCAGUAUAACUGUACCUAAUCUAAAGUAUUUAUAAACAGCUCAUCGGAGCCCGUUUGUCAUAGACUUUUGAGUUUGUUGUUGGGACCACACAAUAGGACCAUUUUUUUUUUUGUCUUAAAAUUGUUGUAAUCUCUGUAUGCACUUUGCUUUUUUAAAACGUAAUCCAAGGUGAGCCUGUGACUCUGAGUAGUGCUAGGAGAAGACUGUUCUCUAACACCAGCAUGGAUCUGCUUCAGUUGUGUUGAUGUGAGCCCUAGUGUCAGCCGCUGUGAAGUUAACCUUGUCAGGAGGAAUCUUCUACAGAAGUAUUCAGUUCUUUCAGUGUUUAGUAAUGACAGUUAUUUCUACAUCAAUGGUAAUACAUUUCUGGUUCAGUAUAAAUUAAGGAUGUUUUCUAGCUGUGCAUGAUUGCUGGCAACGUCCCCAGUUCUGACAACUGUUUAAAUAUGUAAUGCUAAGCUAGGUUUAAAACUGGUACAUUGGGUCUUUGUCAUUUGCUUUAAAAAAGAAAAAAAAAAUAAAUCUGAAUGUGUUUGGUGCAUUCUUUCAUGAGUGGGGUCUUGUGUCUGUGUGUGACUUUGUGCUGGGUCUAGUGUCACUUCCUCAGUGCUCAUUAGGUGGAAGCUGGACGGAGGUUACACAGACUCCUCGUCGUCAGUGUGUGUGAAGAUCUGUAUGUAUGAGUGCUUGGAACACCAUUGAACAUCUUAGUAUUGUUUUUUAGGGGAGGGGCAGUGCUAGGGAUCAGACCCAGGGUGUUGUGCAGAUUAGCCAGUUCCCCAUCGAGUGAUCACCCCCAUCUUUGUUUUUGUUGUUUUAAGAGAGUGCCUCACUCAGUAGCUCAGGCUGUCCUUGAACUCUUGGUCCUCCUGCCUCCACUUUCUGGGUGCUGGUAUUAUAGGCAUGCACCACCAUGCCCUGUUAAGUAUUUUGGUCUAUUUCUAUGAGGAAAAGAAACAGGUCUAAAACUUCAUUCUUCAAAGCUAAUUUUAUAGUUUUUAGGAUACAGUUGGUAAGAAAUCACUUGAGGGCAAUAUGCACAGUAAGCUCAUGGAUGAAUAAGCGACGAGCAAAAACAAAUGUUUCUCAGCCUGUAAAAUCUUUGGUCAUUUUAAUUCCAGCUAAACAUUACAUAAUAUUAAAUGAACUUGUGUUUAAACCCCUACCCUGUCAUUUUGGAGAUGAGUGGUAUGUGAUUCUUUGCUGAUGACUGGUCCUGGUGGGAGGCCUGUGAAAAUCAUGAUACUUUCAAGAUCCUGAUACUAUGUUGCCAAGAAUAAAUUAAGAAAUCUCAUAGGAGAGUAGAACUUGAUAAGAAGUAGUUGAAGAUGAUGAUAAAUCCAGUAGUGCAGGAAGCACUUGAGCACACAUUAGGAGCAAGUGGCUUGACUGCGAUUCUUUGGACGAGGUAGGUAUGCAGCUACACCACACGGUGGGAGACUAUUUUGCUUUACCAGUGGAAUUUACAUCAGGAAGCCACUUGUGUGUAUGACUAGACCAGAUGGCUUCUUUAUUACUGAGUGAAGAAUUCGAGUUGCUUAGAUUCCUGUAGCCUUUUAGAUGAAGCUGGAUACGGAAUGUGGGAAGAACCAUUUGGCAGAGGAGCUUUGAUGUCACCUAGGGAAGUGGGAGAAGACAGGAACCUUGUGUGUCAGUCAUAGGUGAAGUGAGCCAAUGAGAGCUUUGCUUCAGCUUUGGUUUGUACGUGUGUGGGAAUUAGGAUGUUGGAACCUGAAGCAUUUGGCACUGUUCAGCUGGGAGCUGCUCACCUGAUGGGCCACUGUGGAGGAGACAACCCGUCCAGCACUUGUCUUUUGCAUUUGGGAGAAUUUAUUGUGUUCUGUCAUUGCCGUGUGCUGGUUUUACAGGUUAUUAGUAGAACUGACAUGACGGCCCCACUUGUGAAUCUGGUUCCUUGGACAUUUGAACACAAUUAGGAUUGUUCUCAGAGAACUGAGUCAGUCCCAAGAGUGGACACAGCCUUGGGAAUACACUGAGGCAUGGAGCCAUCCGCAGUGAUUCCAAACAGCAGCAUUUUACAGAGUGACAGGUUUUAGCCCUUUGCCAUGCUUCUAAAACGGUCCUUUCAGUGUUAGCUCUUAGGAAACGUGCCUGAAGCUGCCUGUGUGUGGGUUGGUUUAGUUUCUGCAGAGGGCGGUCUUCAGGAACUGGCUACUGUACAGUCCUUAGUGGGAGGUCCUUGCCGUCUGAAUGUUCCCUCUAUAUCCCAUUCUAUCUCUUCCCCUGCCCCCCACAUUGGUUCAUUCAGUUUUUUAUUUUUGGUUUGGGAGACAGGGUUUCACUCUGUAGCCCUGUCUGACCUGGAACUUGCUGUGCAGACCAGGCUGGCCUAGUACUUUACAGUGGUGGGAUUAUAGGUAAGUGCCACCGUGUCUGGCUUUUUUCCCCCUUUGUUUGUACAAAAAGGCCAGGCUUGGUUCUCGUGGUGACACUUGCUUAGGGGAUCAGAGUGGUCUUACAGCUGGAGUGAUCUUCCUAUUGGUGCAUGUAUGCUGUGCACUGCUGGCUUAGCACCUUUUAACUUACUGUUAGCUUUUUUUGUUUUGGUGCUGGGGACAGAACCUGGUACCUGGAGUCUUUGUAAGCUUGGCAAGUGUUCUUCCAUUGAACCUGGCUCCCUGCUAUUACUAGUCACUCUUUUUUUGUUAAGUGUAUGAGUGUAUUGCCUACAUGCAUGUAAGUACCAGUGUCAUGUAGUACCCAUGGAUGUCAGAGGAGGGUGUUGGAUUCCCCCUUGAACUGGAGUUAUGGGUGUUGUUAGCUGCCACGUGAGUGCUGGGAACUGAACUUGUAUCCUUUGCAAAAGCAUCCAGUGCUCUUAACCACUGAGUCAUCUCUCAAGCCCCCCAGCCAUUCUUAAGGUAUUUUAAAAUACCUUAUUUGGGCUGGGAGGCAGAUGCCUUUAAUCCCAGGCAGAGGCAGGCAGAUCUCUCAGUUCAAGUCCAGUCUGGUCUACAUAGUGAGUUCCAGGUUCAAAAAGACAAAAAACAAAAGCAAAAAACCCUUACUUUAGGGCUGACCUAGGGGGUAAGUCGCUUACUAAUCUCACAAAGAAUCCAAGUUUGGAUCCUAGUACCCAAAAGGUGGUUCUGUCUUCAGUGGGCACUGCACACACCAAGUACACGUACAUACAUGCAAAAUGCUUAAUACAUAAGAUAACCAAUAACAUUCUUGUGGUGUGCAUGCGUACGUAACACUGAAAGUAUUUCUUAGCCCUCAAGAACUUGUUAGGUAACGGGAUGGAAUCGCUGCUGUGGAGGUCAUGUGAUUGUGUCUUUUGUCAGUUUGAUUUUAUUUUGAAAUAACAUGUUCAGAACUUGUGUAGAUUUUUAACCAUCUCCCCUUGAGUUUUUAAAUAAAAUAUUUGUUUUUAAUUGUG